AUGGCGCAAGCUACUUCCACAUCGCUUGUUCUUGCAUGCCUGCUGAUGGCCACCAUCAUGGCUCCUGGUGGCACCUCCGGUACCUCGGAGGCCCUGCCAACCACGACCGGCGGCGGUGUGCGGCCGCCUGCCACAGCGGCGACGCUGCCAACACUUGGCGGCAGGGGCGGCCUCUCCACCACCGACACGGAGGCGCCGCCAACGACGACAGGCGGGAGUGGGCACUGGCCGCCCGCAGCCAUGGCGGUGACGCUGCCAACAGUAGGCGGGGGCGGCAGCGGCCUCUCCACCACGGACACGGAGGCGCCGCCCACCAUGACAGGCGGCAGUGGGCACUGGCUGCCUGCAGCCACGGCGGUGACGCUGCCGCCAACGCCAACAGUAGGCGGCUGCGGCCACGGCCUCUCCACCACCACGGACACGGAGGCACUGGGCGGUGGCAAGCUGCCGCUCUGGGUCGAGCGGCUUCUGGCCCUGGGCGGAGCGCGGCCAUCGCUCGGAGAAAUGGUGGGGACGAAGCGCGUUGUCGUGGCCAAGAACGCCACCAGCGGCGACGGCCAGUUUGCCAGCAUCACCGCUGCUUUGGCGGCGCAAGAGGACCAAAUUGGAGGAGUGUACAAUGAGACUCUAAACAUCACCCGGAAGCAUGUGAUCCUGAUCGGAGAAGGCGCCGGGAAGACGGUGAUCACCGGGAACAAGAGCCACCGGUUUCACAACCUCAGCACGCCGGACACUGCUACUGUGAGUGUUCAUGGGAAGGGCUUCAUGGCCCAGGACCUCACGAUCCAGAACACGGCAGGCCCAGAGGGUCUGCAGGCAGUGGCGCUCUUGUCAAGAUCGCACUUCUCCCUGGUCUACCGGUGCUCGAUCGAGGGGUAUCAGGAUACCCUCGACGCCGACACCGGAGACCAGAUGUAUCUGGAGACGGACAUCCACGGCACCGUGGACUUCGUGUUCGGCUACGCCAGGGCAGCCUUCCUGGGUUGCCGGCUCCUGGUUCGCAGCUCCGGCGCCAGCAAGCCCGGCGCUCACAACGUGGUUACCGCGCAGGGGCGCAACAACCCCUUGGACAGAUCCGGGUUUGCGUUCCACAACUGUUCGGUCACCGCCGACGAGGGCGCCAACCUCACGGGGGUGGAGACCUUCCUCGGCCGCCCGUGGAAGGAACACUCCCACGUGAUCUUCAUGGAGACCUUCCUCGGCUCCAUCGUCAACUUCACCGGCUGGGUGGAGUGGAACCGGAGCAACGGCCACAUUCCAGACACGGUGGUGUAUCUGGAGUACGCCAACUACGGGCCUGGCGCCGACACGAGCCGCCGCAUCAACACCACCGCCGUGCGCGUCGUCACCGACUGCGGCGAGGCGGCGCAGUACACCGCGGACCCUUUCGUCAACGCCAGCGCCUGGAUGCCCAAGGACAAGGAGGGCAGGGACAUCAUCCCCUACGCACGCGGCUUGAUCCGCGACCCGGCGUGCCCAGCCCCUCCAACAAGGGCAUGUGCUAGCAAGACCUAG